GAUAAUAGGUGAUCACAUGGCUAUGACACCAACUGCUCGUAAUUAUCUCCACUACCAGGGGCAGUUUCUUUAACCCUUAACCUUAAAAUACUUCAUUCCAGCCUAAAUUCAACGCAAAAAUUGGAAAAAGUUCCCACGCUCUGUUUUCACUUUUUCUUCUGUCACUUUUCUUGGGAAAAAAAUGUCUCAUUCGAUGGGAAAGUGCCAGAAAAUUCGUCGAAUUGUCCGCAUCCGACAAAUGCUGAAGCAGUGGCGAAGAAAAGCCAGCAUAACGGCCAGCAACAACACCAUCAACAACAACGGAGAUGCGCCGUCUGAUGUUCCUGCUGGACACGUGGCGGUCUGUGUGGGCACAAGUCUCAGGAGAUUUAUCGUACGCGCGACGUACCUAAACCACCCAAUCUUCAAAAAACUCCUCGUACAAACCGAAGAAGAGUAUGGUUUCAAAAACAUGGGACCAUUAAUCAUCCCAUGCGACGAGUCGUUCUUCGAAGAGAUUCUCCGAGUCGUAUCCCGAUCUGAUUCUUCAUCAAACUCGGGUCCUUUCUCUACUUUCAAAGAUCUUCAGAGAUGCUGCGACGUGGGCAUGAAGGAUAAACUCGGUUUUUUCAGCGAGUCUCGACCGUUGCUUCAUGGGGUAUCCGACAAAUCCGUUUACUGAUAGUAUGAAGAACUCAAUGGAGUUGGAAGACCUGACAGCUAUAUUAUGAUUUCCUUGAGUGAUUAAUGGGUAAUUUCUAAGUAAGCUUUUCUAACUAAUGGGCAAAAGAAGAAAAAGAGUAAGCUUUUCUAACGCCAUAAUUAUAGAGUUUAAUUAUGGAGAUGGCGAAGAGGUUUGUUUUUGUCUUUUACUUUUUUACCGCGUCAUCCCCAACCCUAGUGCAGUAGUAUAAAUAUAAUGGUUUUAUUAUCAUCAUCUCUUAAAAGUAAAUUAUUUCAGUUUUAUAUGGGUGUGAUUAUAUAUCUCCAUAACUUAUUGAAACCCUAUAAAUACAAGUAUACUUGUAUAAGAUUUGCAUAUGAAAUAAUAAUAUAUAUAUAUGUGAAGUUGUCUA